AUGAAACCACACGAGGAUUGGGUUGAUGGGUCUUGGACUGUGGAUUGUGUUUGCGGUGUGAAAUUCGAUGAUGGUAAAGAGAUGGUGAAUUGUGAUGAAUGUGGUGUUUGGGUACACACAUGGUGUUCUCGUUAUGUCAAAGGAGAUGAUUUGUUUGCUUGCCACAAAUGUAAGAUAAAAAACAAUGACAUUCAAGUCUCUUCUGCUAAGUUAUUGGUUACCAAAACAUUGAGAAUGGAGGAUUUUUCGACUCAGGGUCAGACCGUGGAUCGCGGUGGUUUUAGGCCGUGUACUGAGAUCCCAAUUGAAGAUAGGGUUCAUGUUCAAGGAGUCCCUGGUGGUGAUUUGGCUCUUUUCGAAAGUUUUUCUUCGGUUUUCACUCCUCAGCUGUGGAAAUGUACUGGUUGUGUGCCUAAGAAGUUUAGAUUUCAGUAUAAGGAGUUUCCGUGUUGGGGCGAGAAGGAGAAUGUAUGUGAAAUUGUGCAUCAAGAAGAUGGUUUGUUAGCUAUGUCAAAAGAAAACGAUGUAACAAGGGAGCGGAGUGGUAAGGAAACCGAUGACGACGAGAAGCUUGGGAGAGGUUGUGGUUUUAGAGAAAUGGAGAUGAAAGAUUCUCAGAGAGUUGUUAUAAACAAAGACAAGAGCUUGGUUUGUUGUCCUUUGAAUACAAAUAAGAUGCAAAAAGAGUCAUUACGCGUCUCACAACCAACAGUUGUUAUCUUGUUUAUCGAAAUUCAAUUCGAUCUAAACAUUGAUUCAAAGCAAUCAGAAGCUCCACAAGGGUUCACAAAAGAGCGCAUAGAGAGUGAGAGGUCCAGAGAAUCCAUUCAUGACCGGUACAUAUUUAGUUGA